GAAGUAAUUAUUGUAGAGAGGUGGAAUAAGAUGACCACUCCUUUGCACCUUCUUGCCUAUGCCUUGACACCUAAGUACUAUAGCAAUCAGUUUCUUGAUAAACCAGGAAGGAUUCCACCAUGGAGAGAUCUAGAAGUAUCUGAUGGGUAUAAGGCAACAUUUCUUAGACUAUAUCCCGAUGAUGAUUUGCGAGAUGUUGUUACAAAUGAGUUCAUAGAAUUCGCAAAUGGGAAUGGUCUAAGUGUUGAUGCACUUCGUCAUAGAUCCAAGAAAGAUGCUCAUAGUUGGUGGUACUUCCAUGGCACAUGCUUCCAACACCUACAACCCCUCGCUAUAAAAGUUUUAUCACAAGUUGCUAGUUCAUCUGCUUCAGAAAGAAAUUGGAGCACAUACUCUUUCAUCCACUCAGUAAAGCGCAAUAGGCUGCUAUCAAAAAGAGCGGAGAAUUUAGUAUAUGUGCAUUCCAACCUACAUCUUCUUUCACACAAACAACAUGACUACACACAAGGGGAAACAAAGAUGUGGGAUAUAGAGCCAGAGCAUACUGAUUUGGAUGCUCCUGCUUCUCAGCUUCUUGCAUUGACACUUGAUGACUCGGAAAUUGAGCCAACUUAUAGUGCAAGUGCAAGUGGCAUUGGCUCAUGUAAUGUCAAUGUCAAUGAGGAGGAGGAGGAGGAGGAGGAGGAUGAAGAAUUAGAUGAUCCAUUUGAUGAUUAAACUUUAAGUUUAUAUUGUUGAAAGUUGAAACAAUGAUACUUGAAUAUUUUGGCAUUUUG